CCUCAAACAACAUCCUCACACACAAUGCCUCGCAAGCGCCAAACGCCCAAGCGCUCCCCGGCCAACGCACUCCUCGCUUCCGCAACGAUCAUAAUGUACUCGCCCCACCUCGUCGAUAUCAUCAUGCAGCACGCCGCUCGCUCUACCCUCGUUUCCUGCCUGCGCGUUAACCGUCUUCUCCACAAUGCAGCAGGCAAGGAGCUAUACCAUACCGUUCGGAUCCACGGGCGGAACGCGCACGGCUUAUUCGAUGGCGUGGAGUGGGAGGACCACCUCAUGGAGGGCUCGGAGGAAGACGGGGAAGACGAGGGUGGCGACGAAGGUGCGCUGUUCAACCCCACCCCACGCGAAAACAUGUUCAAGAAUCGACUGCUGGAGCACGUCCGCGUCCUCCCGAUCGGGUCGCACUCGUACCAUCUGUGCGAGGAACAAGUCAGUCCAAUUGAGAACCUCGGCGAACUCCUCAAGGCUCUCUUGCGGGGUGUCCAUACGGUCCGAGUGGUCCUCACCCCCAAGGGCAGCGGCCUAGGCUUCCUCUGCUGUGGACGAAACGACCGCUGCGAGAUACUGCCCGAGCUCUCCCCUUCAAAGGUCGUCAUCCGCAACGUCUCCGCCUCGGCCGUCUGCGACUUCAGCGGUUACUGGCCCCGGGCGUCCCUCGCCAACGUCGUUUGGGUGCUUCCCACCAACCGAGAGAGCGAGGACACGAGCCAAGGAUACGUCACAGACCUCGGGGACUGUGGGACGCAAGCUCCCAACGUCCGCAUGCUCUUUCACAGGGGCUUCGAGACGUGGCAUCACAAGAAGGGUCCGAAGACCAGGUCAUCAAGCAAGGGUUCUCAAGCUGUGCGCUUCUUCGUAUCGCCGGUCCACAUCAACCGCCUGUUAAACGCGAUCAAGCGCUUGGUCGAGCCACACGACGUGCCGGUCUAUGGCCUCGAGAGGGUCAAGUUUGUCGCGCAUCCUUCCGACCCACUGGUGCAACACUAUCGCAGUUCUUUCCCUUACGGACCCCUCGAGUCCGAUGAUCUGCGCAAACUGGCUGUGGACGAGUUCAUGAAGCCAGUGACCAAUGUCAUUGGUGCAGAUUCGUCCAACAGCCCGUACGCGUUCAAGACGCUUGCCGAGUACGCCGCACUCGAUGCCGACGACGCGAGGUUCGACCUCGAUGACGAAUACCGCCGUUAGGGUGACCGAGAAGACAGCGCCUAUGCAGCAGUGCAGAGUUCAAGUUCAUCCGUAAUGUAAGCCUCAUCUGUAGUGAGAUAAGUGUUGUCCCAUGGCGUAGAUGCAU